GGCUGUGCUUGUUUGCAGAUGCUCCGGCAGAAGAAGCUGCCACCAGUGUGCCUGCCCUCCUGCAACCUGGGACCAGGAGCAGUGCUGGGGGCAAGUCCAGGCAGCGAUGCAAGGGGCCAGAUGUGGCCACACCCACCCACUGCACUGGAGCUGAAGGCGCUUCAUGCCUGACUGGCACAGCAGGAGCAGGAUGUGGAAGUCCUCCUGUCCUGUGCUCGGCAAAGGGAGGAGCAGCUCCUGCUGUUCCACUCCCCAAGAUGCCUACACAGCUGGAGAAUGCUAUGGACACCCUGAUCCGGGUUUUUCACCAUUACUCAGGCAAAGAAGGGGACAAAUACAAACUCAAUAAAGGAGAACUCAAACAGCUCCUCACCAGUGAGCUCACUGAAUUUCUCUCAUGCCAGAAGGAUCCCCAGUUGGUUGAUAAGAUUAUGAGAGAUCUGGACACCAAUAAAGACAAUGAAGUGGAUUUUAAUGAGUUUGUGGUUCUGGUUGCUGCUUUGACUGUAGCAUGCAAUGAUUUCUUUGAAGAACAACUAAAGAACACAGGAAUUUAGAAAUGAUAAGUAUAUCAGUCCCUCAGACACCGAUGUAACUGAAGCAUGCUUAGCUGGCUAGCACUCAUCUGCAUUUUGAGAAUACAACUAUAUCUUAUGUUACCUUGUUAAUGUAACUAAAUACAAAAGAUCAGAUCACCAGCUAGAGUAAAUUCCAGAGGACCAACAUCAGUGUACGCAACCUAAGGGUAUGGCCCUAAGUAUGUUCAAAGAUUUAGUUCCUGAUAUUUUUUCGGCUCUCUAAGAUUUAGUUCCAGAUAUUUUUUCGGCUCACUAAGACAAAGACUCCAGAUCAACAGUUUCUUAAGGGUCACUCACCCUUUCUACAUGUUUGCUGCUUUACCAUUGAGGAGAUUACCAUCUCCAUCAGCAUGCACCCCAGUUUACUGACCAAAUCUUUCCUGUUGAAAAAUGGGGCUUUGUUGAAAUGUAAUGUAUUCUGGAGGGGGAAGGAGAUUAUCCCAUAUUUGAAAGGGACCAUUUGGAAUGAAACAUAAUUAACUUUUUGCAUUUAGUUUGAAUUUUCUUGUUUAAAAACUCUAUUUUUUGUAGACAAAAGACUGAUCGUUUUGGCCCAUUUCCAUUUAUUCUGGACCACCUUUUUAAUUUCUCAAUCCUUCCCUUCACAUGUACUGACAGGCUGCAGUUUCACCUACCUUGCGUCCAUUUAAGCAAGAUGCUUUGCUGCUAUUCAGCUUGUAAUUAUUGUUACUUCAUAUUCUCCAGUGUCACUUCUGUUGUGUUUAUUCUGCUCCAUUGCACCAACCAGUCCCUUUCCUUGGCAUAAAUAUUAACAAACUAAACAAAUAGAUAACUCAGCAUGGUAAUUGUUGGGGUUGUGGAAGAAGUGGGUCUUCAGAGCAGCUGUAAAUGAGACCAUUUUCACUGUGGUGUGCCUCUGCAGGGAGGAGUGUAGGCUGCUGUAGAAGCUAUGCUGGGAUGACCUUAGGGUGAAGUUAUACAUUACACAUAGACCAUGCUCAAUCUGUUGAAUAUUAAGCAAUGUUAUAUUUAGAACAUUAAGGGUUAAUACCAUUUCUUGGCUGCACUGCUCUGACUUGCCACUAGAGGGCUGGCAUGCAGGGGCAUGGCUAGGAACCAGGACAUUUGGUCUCUCUCCCUGCUCUGGAUAGGGUGGGGCUAGAAGCAGCACAUUCUGCAAUUCUGGAGGACUUCAGAUUGCCAUUUGAUCACUGUGGAGCAGACUAAAGUUUCCCUAACAUGAGCUAGGUAGCACAGCUCAGAGUUAACCCUCGCCUGAAGUGGCAUAACUUUGAGAUGCUCCAAGGGCAUGUAGCAUAACUUAACAAGCUUUUAUAUACAUAUACUCUCGUUUUAAGUACCUGUAGUAUGGUCUAAGUUUGAAGGUAACUUUGCCCUACAGAUGGUGGAGAUGCUUUGCUUUUUUCUCAUAGAUGCUUUAUAUUUUGUGUCUUAUUUUCCUUGCCUUGUUGUUUUCCUUGGUCUACAAUAAAAGGCAUCAAUACUGA